GGGGUGGGGCGGAGACGCAAGAAGAGGGUGCGUCGCAGCAGUGGGCGGAGCCGAGCCGCUCGGUAGGGGUGGGAACCGGGCGAGCGCGGCCGAUCUGGGACGCGGGUGUGACCGCGCUGUUCGCACUUACCCGUCUGGGGCGGGAGGGACGCUCAGCUGCUCUCCCGAUGGGGCUGUGUUUUCCCUGUCCCGGGGAGUCCACGCCUCCCUCGCCGGACCCGGAAGAGAAAAGAGCAAAGCUUGCAGAGGCUGCAGAGAGAAGACAGAAGGAGGCUGCAUCUCGGGGCAUUUUGGAUGUUCAGUCUGUGGAAGGAAAGAGAAAGAAAAAGGAAAAAAUAGAAAAACAAAUUGCUACGUCUGGGCCCCCACCAGAAGGUGGACUUAGAUGGACAGUUUCAUAAAGGAUCAUAUGAGUGAGAGUCUACUGCCAAUAACUAAUAUCUGCAAUCAAGGGGACGUGCUCGAUUUUUCUUCUUUUUCAAUAAAUGAAGAUUCAGACUGUAAUUUUAGUGUCCUUAAAUGCAGUGCUUUUUCAGUAUUGAAAUACUGAAAAUGCUUUUGAUUUUCAGAUUUUAAAAAAAUGGUCAGAACUUUCAUUAAAUAUUUAUUUUCCUACAUUUGCUUAUCUGCAGGUAGUAGGUAAUUUGCCACUUUGAGUAGUUAAAACACGCACCUAAGUAGUGAAUAUAUAUACAUUGCAUGUAAGGUUUCUGCAUGCAGCUCAAAUAUUGAAAUUUGCAAUAUAAUUUUCCCUCCUUUCUAAAGUGAUCUAGCUAUUUAUAGUUGUGCUGCUUAGCCUUUAUCUCCUUUUAUUUCAUUAGGUAUGAAGACCUUUGCUUAAACUUACGGACUUAGUGCCUUUAAACUGACCAUCAGGGAAAUUCUUGAAAAAUCUUUUGAAGGGCUUGUAUGAAUGAUCACUGUACAUUUUUAUAACAUACUAAGUAAUGAGUAUUUGUAGAAAAUACUGAAUUUCUCCUAAUUUAUUUUCUAUUUAUGUUGCUUAUAAAUUUACAUACUGUGUUUUUACAUUACAAUAAUUUGUGUUGUUUUUUUUUUUUGCUUGUUUGCUGAAUUUAAAAUUAUGUAUUAGUGGUACCAUCAGAGGGCAGUGGUGUGCUGUUAUAUAAUGUCAGAUUCAGCUCUGUGAAGAUCUUUGUAGUAAUUAAAUGAGUUAAACUAAGAAUCUGAGUGGGUUAUACUGAGUGGUAAUAUAUUUAUCCAAAUUUCAUAUUUAUUCUUUUGUAUUUAUUAAGAAAUGGUCAUAGGAUUUAUACAGAUGUGAAAUUGCCAAGGCAAGUAUGUAGGUACUGUAUUUAAAAAGAACUACUUUAAACAUAGAAAUAUUGCUAAGGUAAUUCUGUAUGUUGCAUAGUCAGAUUUUGUAGAUUUUUGUUUGUUACUAACAUGAGUUUUAUAUAGCAUUUUUGUUUUUUGAAUUUUUCUUUUUAACAUAUAAUAAGCUAAAAUAGAAGAAUUGCUAUAUUUUUUAAUUAGCUGGUAUUAUUCCUAACUCUCUUGGAUGGCAAGGCUAUCAUCUGAACCCUCAGUUAGAAUUUGCAGAUACUAAGUGCCAACAAGGACUAAGUUAAAUAGACCAGCUCAAUGAUGUACAGAAAGGAAACUGAGCCACUAUCUCAGUCAUCCAUCCCACAAUAUUUGUAUUAUAUUGUAAUAUAUCGUACAUGUUAAUUUUAAAGAGUUAGCACUACAGUACAGGUCUCUUGACUUUUCAUUGGAAAAAUUACCUUUUCUUUUAUGGCAUAAAAUAUUCUAUGAUAUCCACACAAAACAUACAGGUAGGCUCAAUUUUCUUCAUCCUUUAGAGGAUUAGUGGUAUUUUGUUCAUAAAGAAUAGUGAAAUUAUUGAGUUGCAUUUUAGAAAUGAAGUUUUGAUUUUAUGAACAUGAUUAUUUUUUCCACGGCAGAAAGGAAAAAGAAUCAUUGACAGCUGAAUGGAUAUGGAAGCAGAGCAUAUCAUCCUUGAUUUGCACAGAUCCUUCCUUCUGUUUUAAUACAGAAAGAACAAUUUUAUCUGUACUACAUCUUAAAGAAUUACACUUGGGUUAGUGUAAACAAGAGGUUUCCAUCUAGAGGAUAAUGCCCUAUUCUAAUAGCAGUUUAUAUCCAAAUACUGUGCUUAUUUACUGUUGAACCAUGGUUAUGCUGCUAUAUUGCUUUCUGGGAACAGUACGACGUGCUGCUUCAGCCAGCUGUGACCUACUUCCAUGGGUGUGAUCCGCUUUCCCCAAAACCACAUGGGUAUGCAUGGGCUUAGGGGUGAUACUUAAAUGUUAGGAAUAAUGUUAGAAAGGGGAAGGGAAGUGGGAGGCUACAUGCCUAAUAGGAAACCAGUAAAUGACUACUUAAAAAAAAAAAUUCAUACACAUAUGCAGAUAUAUCCAGGUAAAUCCUUCAUACAGUUAUGAAUCAAUUCCUGAUGAAAUCCUUAACUUGGAGCCAAUUUACCAUAAUUCAACAUUUUAAAAGGAAAACGCAAUAAUGCUUAUGUCAAACAAACCCUCCAACCAAAUUACUAAAAUAUAGAGGAAACAGUAAAAUGCAUACACUACCAUGUUAAGAUGUAAAAUGCUUAAAUCACUGUUUUUUAUUUCUAAUCAUCAAACUAUAUGGUAAGUGACAAAAAGAUACAUGAUUACGUAGCCUGUUUGUUAACAUACUGCAAUUUAUAUAUGAUACUGUCAUUCCACUGUAUUGUGUUUGGAAUGUAAUUAAUAGUUUUCCCACACAUGCUUUUGUUACAAAUUUUGUAUUGCCUUACAAGCAUAUAAAUGUACAUUUUUCCUAUAUAAAAACUGACUUUGGAUGUGUCUGUUUAACAAACUUUUUACUUCACUACAUCUUAAAUAAUUAGAAGUUGGGUUGGUUAGGGAAACCUCAGCAACGCUUUCAGUUCUUUGGGAUUAAUGAGAACAACAGCUAAAGGUGGUUUGGUGUGUUCAUACAAUCCCUGAAUUUAUAGGUUGGCAUGUUUCUUUUCCAAUACUGUGAAGGAGAAAUGAUAUUAUUAGUGUCCUGUCUUCUUACAGAAACAAUACUAUCAUAAAGGUUAUAGCUAUCAUCCUAGGUACCCCCGGAGAAUUGACAUAAACCUUGAAUUUUCCUUUUUUCCUCCAACAGUUCAACUGGUUUAUUUUCUGAUGAGAAUUAUGCUAUGCCCUUAGAAAAAAAAGUGACUCUUGUCAGUUUUAGAUUUGAAUAAUGACUUCUGCAUAAAUAGAUGAGAGGUCAGUAGACAUGCAUGCCUCUCCUGAGUUUUAAGGUGUAUUCCUUUAACAUCUCUCAGCAAGCAUCUCAAAUUCCUAUGUCUACUACAUGUGCUAGAAAUUGAUUGAAAUGUGGUACCAUGGCUGUUUUGAUUUUCUCAAAAGCCACUGACACAAGGUAUUUGUGCAUAAAGCAGACUUUUAAAAAAUUCUAAUUUGACACAGAGGAGUUUGUGUCCAAAGAACUCAAACACUUAAAAUUUCUCAUAUGACAUCGCGUUUUAUUGUCCUGUUCUCUCUUUUCUAGGUAUGCUUCAUCUUGCAAAUAUUAUCUAAAUAUUAUCAUUGUGUCUAAGAACUGAAUAUGCAUAAAUCACUUGACCUGGAUAUACUUUUAUUAUACCCAGAACCACAUUGUCUAUUUUUUAUAGCACCAUACUAGACUUACGAGGAUUUUCAAGUUAAAUGUCAUCCAGUCAUAAAAACAGGCUUGAGCCAUCUUUUGCAAGUACUUCAAACUUAUCUCACAUGCAAUUAAUUAGUUUUGCUCAGAAACCAGCUCUCUCUAGGCUAUUUCUUUGAAAUCUAUUUCAUCACAUAAGUCACAACUCCAAGAGUUAUCAGAAACUCUUCAUUCUGCCUAAUGCCUAAGUUGCCCUUUUUUUCAUUCUACAUUUCUUUCAUUCAAAGCUUUUUAAAGAAGUACCAAGUAUCUCAUGUAGAAAAUUCUUAAGUAGCUAUACAAAAAUUUGUAGAACUAAUAAAUGAGUUUAGCAAGUUUGCAGAAUACCCAAUCAAUGAGUCAAUUCUGUUUCUAAGUGAAAGCAAUAAACAAUCUGGAAAUUAAGACGAUUCCAAUGAUAGUAUCAUCAAAUAGAAAACAAUACUUAGAAAAAAGCAAAAGAAGUAAAAGAUCUGAACUAAAAACUAUAAAACAUUGCUGAAAUUAGGGAAACAAAUAGAAAUGGUGAGCCAUUGCAUGUUCAUGAAUUGGGAGACUCAAUAUUCUCAAGAUGGCAGUCUCAACUGAUCCAUAAAUUUAAUGCAAAAUCCCAGCAAGCUUUUUC